CCUGAGGUCAGGGACACACACUGACUGCACAGACGCCUCACUGACUUCGGAUUCUCACAGAUGUUGCCGUCAUGAUGCUCGCUGCUUUCCUCUUUCUGCUCUUCCUCUCCACGGAUGGAGUGUAUCCUGAGCGUAACUGCAGUUAUCAGGAUGUUUUAAACCACCUGGAGCUGACCAAAAGCAAUGAGUUGUAUUCCAUGACUCGGCCUGUUAAAAACUACAAACACCCCACACGGGUAUUCCUGGAAGUACUGCUCUACGCUAUCCUGGAUGUGGUUGAGAAAGAGCAGAAAUUCAUUCCUUAUGUUUGGACUGUCAUGAGAUGGCACAAUGAAUACAUUUCCUGGGAUCCAAAUGAGUUCUGUGGGAUUGCUAAUGUUUCUCUUCCUACCGAAAUUUUGUGGAAACCAGAUCUCACCAUUGAGGAAAUGACAGAGAAGGACAAGGCUCCUCCGAGUCCUUAUCUCACCAUCAAUGAUAAAGGUGACGUCGAAGUCCAGAACGACCAGGUGCUGGUCAGCACCUGCAGGAUGCACAUUUACAAUUUCCCCUUCGACAUGCAGAGCUGCAACCUCUCCUUCAAGUCUGUCAUACACACAGUCAAGGACAUUCGUCUCCAGCCGAGCGACAACUCUUCAGAGGCCACAGAGUGGUCUCGCGAGGUGAUGCGGACCCAGUACGAAUGGCUCUUCAUCAACAUGACAGUGACGACCAACAACGCCAGCGAUUUGGAAGGACAAGACGUCAUCAUUUAUACAAUCAACAUGAAGAGGCGGUCUCUCCUCUACAUUGUCAACUUCUUGCUGCCCAUCCUGUUCUUUUUGUGUCUGGACUUGGCCUCCUUCCUGAUCUCAGACAGCGGAGGCGAGAAGCUCAGCUUCAAGGUCACCGUGCUGCUGGCCGUCACUGUGCUACAACUUAUUCUGAAUGAAAUUCUGCCUUCCUCGUCAAACAGGAUUCCACUUAUAGCGGUCUACUGCAUCGGGAUUUUUGCUCUGAUGCUGCUGAGCCUCCUGGAGACGAUUUUAGUGAUGUAUUUGAUGGAGAAAGAUUCUUCACCCCAAGAUGAGGCAAACAGAAACCAAAGCCUGAGUGAGGAGCCUAACAAACAGGACAAAACCAACAUUCAAAGCUGUCAAAAAGCAGUGCCCAAAUGGACUCGGUGUACAUGCAUCUAUGAUGUGUCUACUAGCGAAACUCCACUUGAACUGCUCCCUGUGGCCAAAGAGGCCAGCAGCAGCAAAUUGAUGGACGAAUGUCACGCGUUGGAGAAGCUCUCAGACGAGCUGAAGGAGAUUGAGAAAACGCUGUCUCUGCUCCUCAGCGACAGGAAGGAAGACGAGAAGUGUGGUUACUGGACCAGAGUGGCUAAAGGAGUCAACAGAGCUUUCUUCGUUUUCUAUGUAGCUGUGGUCAGCCUGUUUUUAAUUGUUAUCUUUUUAAAGUGGAAAAAUGCAUAGAUAUAAUCAAAUGAUCAAUCAAAUGUAAGAUGUGACUGGCUUGCUCAGAGGUGGGCACAGUUUAGCAGAUAAGGAGGCGGGAUAGAGAUUCAGCAUUUCUUUCUUCACUGUUUUUGUAUAAAAGAAAGUGUACUCCUGGCAUUUGCACUCCAUAUUCAGACCAACUGACAUCAACGAAGUCAGUUGCUAUACGAAACAAAAUAAAUAAAUAAAUAAACUACAGGUCACAUGAAAAGAACUACAAUCGAGGCAGUGCGCACACAUGUCCUCCAUAUACAAGAAACUCAUCAGUGUUUUCUUCUUAAGUCAUUUUCAACUUUCUAGUUAAAAUCUCUGCUGUCUAAAAAAGUCCCACAGCCUUCAGUCCAGUUUGAACUUUAGCCACAAUCCAAUUCACUCCUUCUGUUCAGCUUUGGGGUCAUUUUGUAGUUCAUUACAAAUGAGCCAAACAUUGCAAACAUAUUGUCACAUGACAACACUGGUUAAGCCUUUGAUUGGACAGUUGCACCAUCAGCCCUACACGGAUUCAUCGGGAAAAAUCCAAACAAGUUAUGAACCUCCGUCCCAAAUCACUGGACACCUGUAUCAUAAGCACUGGUUCUGUUAGAGUCCUGAGCACUUAACGGUAAUUUAAUGGGAAGAUGUACACUGAUGAAAUCCUUGUUUUCCACAGCCUGGUUUUAUGAUGACAAAAUGUGUACUCUGCUGUUCAGUUAUUUUAAGUCCCUUGUUAUACUGCAACUACUGAAGUGCUGAUGUUUGCAUGUUUUAGGCAGCCUGCGUCUACAUUAAUGCAUAUACACAGUAUGAACUUGUGAUACUCAUAUGUUUGUUGUCUAAAAUUCUAAUGCACCAAAAUUGUAUCUAGUAUUUACAUGUCUUCAGUGAAGUUAAUGGUGCUUGCUUUAAACUACAUUAUGUUAUCAGGUGAUGGAAUAGCAGCUCUCAUGUAUGCACAGUACUGGUUUUGAAAAUGUGUAUCAGACUGUUCAUAUUACACAAAUAAACUGCAUUAUAUCUUUUCUCUCCUUGUGCAAAUGCA